AAGCUACUUAUAUACUUAUCAAUACAAAUACUAGAAUCACUACAUUGUAGUAUAAGGUUAAGCAGUGAUAGAUAGUGAGUGUUGAAGAUGAAGUCCAUAGAAAAUUUUGAUUCCAUUAACGUAAACAAUCAAAAUAGUAACAUGUUUGGUGUCUCUUUCUCUCCUUCAUAUGCUGCUGCUGAAGCAGUUCCAACGAGCUUCUGUUAUCAUCCUACACCUCUUCAUAACUAUGGCUUUUACUAUGGACUUGAAAGUGAACAUGUUGGAUUGUAUUCAGCCUUGCCUUUCAUGCCUGAUGGAUCCAUAUAUGGUGUUGAAGCUUUGAGUAGAUCACAAUCACCAGCAAUGAGUAUUCAUCCAUAUGAAUGUAGUAGUAGCAAAGAAUCAAUGCAACUCAACAUGGAUGGUUUUUUGUAUAACCAAACUUUAUGCCAUAAACAAAACAUUACUCCAAAUAACCUAAAUCAUGUACAAGAGAAUAUGAACCUUUUGGGAAGUUUAGCGGAGCAUCAGGCGCAACAACUUUCGUAUUACGCCACAUUACGAAACGAUAAUAUGAUGUUAGAAUUAGAAGGGUUGAUGAAAAAUCAGGUGAAAGAUAGUGUCCAGGUCUCAAAUAUAGUUGAGGAUGAAGUUUUUGAUGUGAAAAGAUGGGUCUCAAGGGAUAUUAAUGGUGUUAGUUCUAACUCACAAUCAAGCUGUGUUACUAGUUCACAAGAAACAUCACCUAUUGAUUCGGUUUCUAUUGAUACUAUGAAAAGGAAGAAUCAGAAUCAAACUUUAGGGCAAAGAACAUCUCAAUAUAGAGGUGUAACAAGACAUAGGUGGACGGGUAGAUAUGAAGCGCAUCUAUGGGAUAAUAGUUGUAAGAAAGAAGGUCAAGCUAGGAAAGGAAAGCAAGGUGGUUAUGACAUGGAAGAAAAAGCUGCAAGAGCGUAUGAUAUGGCUGCACUCAAGUAUUGGGGUCCCUCCACUCGUAUAAAUUUCCCACUUGAAAAUUAUCAAAAAGAACUUGAUGUAAUGAAGAAAAUGACUAGACAAGAAUACGUUGCUCAUUUGAGAAGGUACAUCAAUAUUUUGAAAAGCAGUGGAUUCUCAAGAGGAGCUUCCAUGUAUAGAGGAGUAACAAGCAGACACCAUCAACAUGGAAGGUGGCAAGCUAGAAUAGGUAGAGUUGCUGGAAAUAAAGAUCUCUAUCUUGGAACUUUCACUACUCAAGAGGAAGCUGGUGAAGCCUAUGAUAUAGCAGCUAUAAAAUUCAGAGGAGAAAAUGCUGUGACAAAUUUUGAUAUAACAAGAUAUGAUGUGGAAAAAAUUAUAGCAAACAGUAACCUUCUUAGCAGUGAAGAAGCUAGAAGAAGCAAAAAAGUUGAUGAUGAUGAUGGAAUAAUUAACAUUGAAGAAGCGAUUAAUCCAAUGCAUAAGAGAUGCAAAAUGCAAUCAUUUUCGAUAGGUUUAGAUGAUAUUUAUCGUCAAGAAAUAGAGGAAUAUUCGAAUAGAGUAUUGAAUAUGUCGAAUGCUUCUUCGGUUGUGACAAGCUUAAGUAACUCAAGAGAAGAAAGUCCUGAAUAUAGAACAAGCAUGCCAUUGCCAGUACUCUUUGGAAUGGAUUCAACAGCUUCAAUGGCUUCAUUUUCUAAUUUGCCUCAGAUGCCAUUGUCGGUUUUCGCUGGGUGGGCCGAUGCAUAAUCGGUUUUGUUUUAUGUAUUAAUUGCGAAGUUUUGAUCUCAACUGUCUGAUCUUAAAUAUUUAAUUUUGUUAUAGCUUAAUCUACGUACUUGUUUUGCAUGCACGAUGCAUGUUCAUAAGGACAGUGUUUUUGUCAUAAUCCUUUUAACAGGUUUGUGAAAUCAUUGCUAGAAACAGUUAAAAAUUUCUAAAAGGAUUGUGAUUAUUAACUAGUAUGAGAUUAUAGCAUUCAUAUAUCAGUUUAAAUUUUUUUGGUCU